AGCCCGCUCGCUCCCUCAGCGGCUCUGCGGUGGCUGGGGCCUCCCCCGCGCCGGGAUUGGAUGCGAGAGAACGGGGUGGGGGCGGGCGGGGGACCCCAGAAGCCCAGGUUCCCAGCUCUGGCGGAGAGCAGCGCGCACUGCAGACGCUGCGGGUCGGCUCCCGGGAGGACCUCCGCGCGGACCAGGCGGCCGGCGGGCGGCGCGGAGGAGGCGGCAGCGGAGGCCCGCGGGCGCCCACGAUGUUUGACAGCUCGCAGUACCCCUACAACUGCUUCAACUACGACGCCGACGACUUCCCGGCCGGCAGCUCCGACGAGGAGAAGCGGCUCACGCGGCCCGCGUACAGCUACAUCGCGCUGAUCGCCAUGGCCAUCCAGCAGAGCCCCGCGGGCCGGGUGACCCUGUCGGGCAUCUACGACUUCAUCAUGCGCAGGUUCCCCUAUUACCGCUCCAACCAGCGCGCCUGGCAGAACUCCAUCCGCCACAACCUGUCCCUCAACAGCUGCUUCGUCAAGGUGCCGCGGACCGAGGGCCACGAGAAAGGCAAAGGGAACUACUGGACGCUCGCCGGCGGCUGCGAGUCGCUGCUGGACCUCUUCGAGGGCGGCAACUACCGGCGGCGGCGCAGGCGGCGCGGCCCCAGGCGCGAGGGGGGCGCCCGGGAGCCGCCGGGUCCGUCCGAGCCGCUCAGUGCGCGCGGGUCCCCGGCCCCCCGCCCGGCCCCCGCCCCCGCCGGCCCCGCCGCCCUGGGGAAGCUGGAGCGCGGGGACCUCAAGUUCAGCAUCGACUCCAUCCUCUCGGCCCCCGACCCCUUUCCUGCGCUCACGUCGCCCCGCCGCGCGCCCGAGCGCAGAGACCCCGCGCUGGAGGCCCAGCACCUGAACCUGCGCUUCUGGACGAUGUGA